CAGGCUGCCAUCCUGUCUGGUGACAAGUCUGAGAAUGUGCAGGACCUGCUGCUUCUGGAUGCCACCCCUCUGUCCCUGAGUAUUGAGACUGCUGGAGGCGUGAUGACUGUCUUGAUCGGAACGCAACACCACCAUCCCUACUAAGCAGACCCAGACCUUUACCACCUACUCUGACAACCAGCCUGGUGUGCUCAUCCAGGUUUAUGAGGGUGAGUGUGCCAUGACCAGAGACAACAACCUGCUGGGCAAGUGUGAGCUGACAGGCAUCCCUCCUGCUCCCCGUGGUGCUCCCCAGAUCGAGGUGACAUUUGAUAUUGAUGCCAACGGAAUCCUUAAUGUGUCUGCUGUCGAAAAGAGCACUGGAAAGGAGAACAAGAUCACUAUCACCAAUGACAAGGGUUGUCUCAGCAAGGAGGACAUUGGACGCAUGGUCCAGGAGGCUGAGAAGUACAAGUCGGAGGAUGAUGUCCAGCGUGACAAGGUGUCUGCUAAAAAUGGAGUGGAGUCAUAUGCCUUCAACAUGAAGUCAACUGUGGAGGAUGAGAAGCUCGCUGGCAAGAUCAAUGAGGAAGAUAAGCACAAGAUCUUUGACAAGUGCAACAAGGUCAUCAGCUGGCUUGACAAGAACCAGACUGCAGAAAAGGAAGAGUAUGAACAUCAGCAACCGGAACUGGAGAACGCCUGUAACCCCAUUAUUACCAAGCAGUACCAGAGUGCUGGGGGCAUUCCAGGUGGGAUGCCCGGCGGAAUGCCAGGCAGCUUCCCUGGCACUGGUGGCAAUCCUACUGGCGGUGGAUCCACUGGACCAACCAUUGUGGAAGUGGAUUAGUCCUUCAUACCGCUUAGAAGAUAAGCAGGAAUGAACAAUACCAGCACCCUACUAAGUGAAGCCAGAUUCAUGAGUGAUGAAGUGGUCUUCCAGCAAAAAUUGCACGUGCAUUCUAUGACAGGUUUGUGAGCAGAUGAAUAAAUAAUGACUGAAGCAUGCAAUUCGAACUUAGCCCCGCCCACAACAUGAUUGGUUGUAGGUUUAUCCAAUUGAGACAAGAGGCUUUUUUUUUUCUGGUUCGGUUGUUACAAGCCCCAUAAUCACAGCCCAAUGGAGCGGUAUCAGACUCACAGUCUGACUAGAAUUGUGAAUAUGACAACGUCAGGCUAGCACAUUAUAUGAACAUGCAUACUUCUACUGUGGACACUUUCCUGUGAAGAAGCAUCACUGACCUAAAUUGUAUAGUAGAUAAUAUUAAGAGUUGAGAAAAAUUAUGAACUGGGAUAUCUGCAUUUAUGUUUUCAGCAGUUGAUGAGCACUGCUUUAAUAAAACAUUUUAAGGUCUAACAAAACUAUUAAAUAAAAUAAACCAGACUAAAGAAAUUAAAUAAUCAGUCGUCCAAGACGGAUGUUUCUAGCAUUGGCUUAGCUGCAGUCUUCUUCUGCUUCUUCUUGAAGAGAAUGCAUCAUACAAGUUUACUAUGAAGCAACUUAAAUUGAAAAUUUAAUUAAAAUCCUGUUCUCUCACUGCCCCUGAACUCAGACCUCUCUUCAGGCAGACAACAGGCCGAUGCAUAUGUUGUAAUAGCCUGCACACUAGUUGUAAUCUUAAGGAUUCUCUUUUCUCCGGAUUUCAAUUUGUUU